GUUCUCGUAGAUUGUCUCUGGAGACCCGUCGGCAAGGGGAUAACGGGACUCGGGACCUCGGGCGGGUACAUCAUCGAUGUACGGGAUCGUGAAUUCAGGGAUUUCGGGCUGAAGUAUAACAGUGACGUCGUCAUGGAAUAUCGGGACCGAAUUGGACCACCCCAUAGGCAAGGUCGUAAGCCGCUGCGCUCCAAAGGGGGUCUGGAACGUGAGAUCGAGGAUACCGCCACAUGCACGUCCUGCAAACUGCUCGGCCAGCUGAUCUGUCAACGGUGGCACGCCAGAGUGCUGAAUGGUAACGGCGUUGAGCGGCUCGAGGCUGUG